GUACUGCCACAUUCUGAGAGCUAGCAGAGGAUCCAGCAGAGCUAAGCUAACUGUUAGCUUCACAAAUCAGACAUUUACUCAGAAAACACGCGUUAAAAUGUUCCGGAGGAAACUGACAGCGCUGGAUUAUCACAAUCCGGGAGGGUUCGACUGCACAGAUGAGACACAGUUUAGGAACCUCAUCGUGUGGCUGGAGGACCAGAAGAUCCGACAUUAUAAGAUCGAGGACCGAGGAAACCUGAGGAACAUCCCCAGCUCAGACUGGCCCAAAGCCUACGAGAAGUACCUGCAGGACCUCAACUGUUCAUUUGGAGUCCAGGAGAAGCAGGAGGCUGUAGACUGGCUACUGGGCCUGGCUGUAAGAUACGAAUAUGGAGACAACGUGGAUAAAUAUAAGAAGUGUGAACCGCUGGCAGCGUCCAGUAACAGUGGCCCCGCCCCCGACCCGCUCGUCAACCUGGACAGUGAAUCUCCAGAGUUCAAAGCGGGCGUGACGGCUCUGGCCAACAUCCUGAAGAUCCAGAGACACGACGACUACCUGGUGAUGCUCAAGGCGAUCCGUAUUCUGAUCCAGGAGAGACUUUCUCCAGAAGCCAUCGCUAAAGCAAACCAGAACAAAGAGGGUAUUCCCGUCGCUCUAGACAAACACGUCCUGGGCUUCGACACUGGAGACGCGACCCUGAACGAGGCGGCUCAGAUCUUGCGCCUCCUGCACAUCGAGGAGCUUCGGGAGCUGCAGACGAAGAUCAACGAGGCCAUCGUGGCCGUUCAGGCCAUCAUCGCCGACCCCAAGACAGACCACCGGCUGGGCAAGGUGGGCAGAUGAAGAGGAGGAAGAGGAGGAAGAGGGACUGACCUGAACCACACAGGUUUUAAUUUGAGUUUGGGAGGAGAAGCCCGUCUGCGUUGGACUUAAAUUUGUAUUUUUUGAUUUGUUGCAAGAGCUCAGACGAGUCUGGAGCUCGUUUUUUUUGUGCAGCAGCGUGGACGAAACACAGGUUUUAUUAUUAAAAUGAUGAAGGUACUUAUUUCUGUUCACAUGCCAUUAAAUCAGCUCUUCUUUCUGAUCA